AUGUCGAUGAAUAACCUUAAAAUACAAAAGAAAAUGAAGCAUUUCUCCAAAAAAUGGAAUCCCCAUGUGGCCAGGAGGAAGCUUGGUCGUGAUGCUGCCUCCAGAAUGCCAGAAAGGAUAACUCACAAGGAACUUGCAAGGACCAUCAUAGGAGUAAUUGGAAAUGUCAUAUCCUUUGGCAUGUUUGUCUCCCCUACGCCCACAUUCGUAAACAUAGGGAGAGCCAAGUCUGUUCAACAUUUCAAGCCAGACCCCUACCUUGCCACAACACUGAAUUGUGCAAUGUGGGUGUUCUAUGGCCUUCCAAUCGUCAAGAAGGAUAGCAUUUUGGUUUCAACGAUCAACGGUGUUGGACUUGUAAUUGAGGCCAUCUUUGUCACCUUGUUCUUCAUCUAUUCCAAUUGCAAUAGGUCAUUAUUUGUCAGUGUCUUGUACACAAUCCUCAAUGCUGGGAUAUUCAAUCCCUGGCUCGUGAUUCCCAAUGGCCUUGGAACCCUUGGUGGACUAAUUCAGCUCAUACAAUAUGCUACAUAUUACGGCUCAACAAACUGA